CCAUGCCGUUCUCGGCGCAGCCGCCCGCCAGCGCCGAGCGCUACGCGCUGUCCGCCAGCCUGGACAACGCCCGGCACCUGUCCAGCCUCCUGCGGGCCGUGCACUUCCAGGACCACGCCACCUGCCUGGCCACGGCCAGCGGGCUGCGCGUCACGGUGGAGGAUGCCAAGUGCAUCCAGGCCAACGCCUUCAUCCAGGCAGAAAUUUUUCAGGAAUUUUCUGUUCAGGAGGAAUCGGUGAUGUUCCGGAUCAGCUUGGCUGUUCUUCUGGACUGCCUCACCAUUUUCGGAACCAGCUCCUUGCCAGGAACAUCAACAGCCCUUAGAAUGUGUUAUCAAGGCUAUGGGUAUCCCCUGAUGUUAUUCUUGGAAGAAGGAGGAGUAGUAACAGUGUGCAAAAUCAACACUCAAGAAUCUGAUGAGUUGCUAGAUUUUGAUUUCUGCAGUACAAAGGUUGUUAAUAAAAUUAUCCUGCAGUCAGAGGGACUACGAGAAGCAUUUGCUGAACUGGAUAUGACCAGUGAAGUUCUGCAGAUUACCAUGUCUCCAGAUAAACCCUACUUCAGGUUAUCCACUUUUGGAAAUGCUGGAAGUGCACAUCUAGACUACCCUAAGGACUCUGAUUUGAUGGAAGCAUUCCACUGUACCCAGACCCAGACAAACAGGUACAAGAUUUCUUUGCUUAAACCAUCCACAAAGGCACUGGCUUUGUCUUGUAAAGUGUCCAUUCGAACAGAUGCUCAAGGAUUUCUUUCACUGCAGUAUAUGAUUAGGAAUGAAGAUGGACAGAUCUGUUUUGUGGAAUACUAUUGUUGCCCUGAUGAGGACAUCACUGAGUGAGGCAGAACUGUAGGUGUGUGUGUGCUGGUGUGUGUGUGCUGGCGUCUGUAAUAAUUUUUGGUUAUAUAAAAGAUUAUAUUUUUUUACAAAACUAAAUGAAAGCUGUAAAGUUUGAUAGAGGUAAUAUUGUCUUUAUAUUUUAACUCUGGAAUAAGAAAGCUGAAGACUUUCAUUUUCUUCCACUGCAAACAUUCUUAGCCUUGACUCAAACUAAAGCUGAAAAAGCUUUAGAAGGGGGAGUUGAUGUCCUAUAGACAUCAGAUGCUUCCAGCACAGAUGUUAAAGUACUGUUUGUGUAAUACAUUGAUGCUUUUUACAGUGUUCUCCAAGAAUUUUUGUUUGUGUUAUGUUUUUUGCCUUUGGCUUUUAGUAAGCAAUUACACAAGGGAAAAUCUGAAUACUGGCUGUAUGUUAGCCAGUUAACUUUCAGUGACUUAAAACCAAAUUUGUCUUGAAAGAGAGCAACAUUUUCAAACUGAUCUCUUAAUAGCAGCAGGUGGUUUCUUGUUGGCAAAUGCUGACAUGUUAUGUCAGUGAAGCCACUAGGCUUCUCCUCAUCUUGAUUAAUUCUUAAUAUAACUUAAUUCCUUGGAUUUCCAUCUGACACCAAUUUACCAUUUUGUCUGCAAACUGAUGUUGAAUUGGUAAAUUGAUAUAGAAGCCAGGAUUUACUGACUCAUUACUCAUAACUGUUCUGGCAACAUCAUUGUUUUGGAUCAGUGGUUUAUUACACAUCUGCAAGAAUGCUGCAGCUGAACUGUUUCUGUAUAUUCACGUCCCAGCUCUUACUCUGCUGCUCUCUGCUGGUGAUGUCAACAAUCGUGAGAGAGAACAGUUUCAUAUUGAAAAUUAUUUAUUAAAUUAAUUUGC